AUGGUGGCGCAGGACGCGGCGAUGGUACGGGCGGCGACGGUCAAGCGGAAUACCCGGUACGGGGUGGCGGAGGUCAAGGCGGGCAAGGACAUGGUAGAGGAAGAGGUGGUCCAGACGGUCGUACGGAUAAAGAAAGGGAUACAUACGGGGCAGAAAGGCGUGGUAUACUGCCAAUCAAAAAACAAAUACGAGGCGCUAACAAAGAAGUUAGGGUGCGCAUUCUAUCACAGCGGCAUGGUCAACGAGGCCCGGAAAGCAGUGCUAAAAGAGUGGGCAGAAGGAAGAGGAGAGACGCGUUGGGUAGUGGCGACGACGGGGCUCGGGACUGGGGUAGACAUUCAGGGGCUCGUGGCGGUGAUACAUGCGGAGCAGCCGUACGGGUUGGUCGACUUUGUGCAGCAGACGGGGCGAGGCGGGCGGCGGGCGUGCGAGGUGGUCGAGUCGGUCAUCGUGACGGACGGACGGGCAGGGUGGCACAAUGAACAGGACAAUGACGUGGAGCAGCUCAACCGGCAGGCGAUGGCAUGGUUCGUGCAAGGGGCGGACUGCCGGCGGGUGGUGCUGGGGGUGUUUAUGGACGGGGUGGGAAAAGACUGUGAAGAGGUGGGUGGCGAGUGGUGUGACCGCUGCCGGCAGCGCACCGGCGGCGGCAGCAGUAGCAGCAGCAGCCGGGAUAUCUUUCAAGGAAGGGAGGAGACGGAAGAGGAGACGGAAGAGGAGACGGAAGAGGAGACGGAAGGAGAGCCGGAAGGGGAGCCAGCGAACCGGCUUAAGGAGCACCGAAAAGAACAAUAUCGACGAGUUCAACGGCUACACAACUGGCUACAGGAAAUCAAAGGAAAGUGUGCGGUAUGUUACGUUAUGUGGCAUUAUCACGGACGGCAAGAUAAGCAGCGAACGCGGUACAAGCACACGGCAAGAGAAUGCAGCGCAAUACGGAUACAGGAGUACGUAGCGUGGCGACAAAAGGUCCGAUUCAGAGAAUACAGCUGCUGCUAG